AUGACGAGCACCGCCCGCCGUGCGCUACUGCGCCUGGGCUGCUGGAAUCAGCAUCGGCAGGGGAGCUAUGCGCAGCGCGACUGCCCAUGGAUUGCUGGGCUGAAGGCAAAGGCCAACCGACAGGAGCGUGAUGAACUUCUGAAGACCUUGCGCCUGCAAUAUGCUGAACUUCGGCCUUGGGCUGAUGCCUUCGACCUGGUGGCCUUGCAAGAGGUGGACCAGGCAUUGCGGACGUGCUUGGGCGCUGAAGGACUGGGCCCCGAUCGAUGGGUGGAGAGCGCGCCACAUGUGGACGCCCGUGGCAUCCCGGUGGAUUCGACCACUGCCGUGCUCUUGGGCCCGGCGAGCCGCUGGCGGAUUCGAGGAAAGGCCCAUUGCGAGUUAACGAUGCCCACUGGUAGCGGGCGUGUGGCGCGGCGCGACCACUGCGGGAUCUUGCUGGAGGGCACCUUUCCAUUGGUGCUGUGUUCGGUGCACUUGCAUCCGCCGAGUGGCACGGCAGCGUACUUGCAGUACCUGGAGCCAUUGAAGGAAAUGAUGCUCUCCUUGGUGCCCGAGCAGCCCGGGCACUCGCCCGCGCUGGCACUACUGGGCGACUGGAACUGCUCGCAGGGACAGCUGAAGGAGCUCAUGGCGGAGGAUGCCUUCUGGAGCAGCUUCCAGUCGGUGGCGCCGAUGGAAGCCACCGCCUUCGAAAGCAAUCCCUGUGCGACGGGCGACUUCAUGCUGUUUCGACCCGCAGCUCCUUCAGGACACGGCCUCCAGUGGCACUGCCAAGCCGAAGCGGAAGCCGACUUCGGCGCGUUUCGUGCCUACAGCCGCGCGGUGUUGGCGGACACGGUGCAGCGCCUGCCCUGGCUGCGGGCCUUGGCCGCCUCGACGGAGGCCUUGCAGCAGGUGAGGCUCUUGGAGCGUCAACUCGAGGACUUGAAGCCCAAGCGCACCGUCACACCUGAGGAUGGCGUGCCUUCGCGCCAGGAGGUGGACCCCGCGACCACGCCGUCGUUGUCCCGCGACCGUUGGCGCCACCCCUGGCGGCCGCCAGCGCCGGUGCGGCAGGAGGUCGUGUCCGAUCUGCUCCGAUCGGUGCUGCAGCUCCACGGCCAGCUGGACCGGCAGCAUCAGCGGCUGAAGCAGGUUCAAGGAGGCCUUGGAAUGGUUCUGCCCAAGUCUUUGGACACCUCCGACCACAGGCCUUUGGUCUUCGAGGGCUUUCUGGAAUAG